AUGGGCGCGUCGGGGAAGUGGAUCAAGACGCUGGUCGGGCUCAAGACGGCGGCGGCGGAGAAGGAGAGGCACGCCGGGGGGAAGGGCCGGAAGUGGAGCCGCCUCUGGCGGAGCUCGUCGGGCGGGCAGAGGGGCGCCGCGUCGGCGGCCGCCUCGGAGGUCUCCGAGACGUCCUCCGCCGCCGCCGACGCGCUCAGCUCCGUCGUCGCGGCCGUGGUGCGCGCGCCGCCCAGGGACUUCCGCGUCAUCAGGCAGGAGUGGGCGGCCGUCCGCAUCCAGACCGCCUUCCGCGGCUUCCUGGCCAGGAGGGCGCUGAGGGCGCUGCGGGGCAUCGUGCGGCUGCAGGCGCUGGUGCGCGGCCGCCGCGUGCGCAAGCAGCUGGCCGUCACGGUCAAGUGCAUGCAGGCGCUCGUCAGGGUGCAGGCGCGGGCGAGGGACCGGCGCACGCGGCUGUCGGCUGACGGCCGAGACUCGCAGGAUACGCUCGACGACCACAGCAGCCACGCGGAUCCCGUCAAGGAAGCAGAGACAGGAUGGUGUGAUAGCCAAGGAACUGUCGAUGAUGUCAGAUCAAAGAUACACAUGAGACGUGAGGGCGCAAUCAAGAGAGAAAGGGCAAUUGCGUAUGCUCUUUCUCACCAGCGGAACCCAAACCACAAUGGAAGACCUAGCUCUCCUGCUGUUUCUCUUAAGAAUCAUGGGACUAACAGGAGCAAUCAGUGGAGCUAUUUGGACGGGUGGAUGACAACAAAACCUUGGGAGAGUCGCCUUAUGGAGCAAUCACAUAGCGAACAGACCAACUCACGUUGUUCAGAGAGUAUCGACGAGAUGAACGAAGUCAGCUCAAAACUUUCUGAAGCAAGCUCAGUCAAGAUCAGAAGAAACAAUGUCACAACUAGGGUGUCAGCAAAGCCUCCUUCCGUAAUCGCGGUAUGCGACGAGAGUGCUCCGUCAACAUCUUCAGUCACUCAGAUGACUGGCAACCAUUUCGCGACAUCAGAAAGGAGAUCUGAUUGUGGCCAGGGUGGUGCACCGAGCUAUAUGGGCUUGACCAAAUCAGCCAAGGCAAGGCUGAGUGGUUCUUCUAGCACUCACAAGCCACCACUUCAAAGACAAGGCUCUGCUGACACACACAAUUACAGCAGGGGGGCAUUCUCUUCAAUAGAUGUUCAAAGCACCGCUGGCUCCGAGGUUUCUGUUACCUCAAAGAGGUUGAACGGUUUAACUCUGAAGGGUCGAGGCACUAGAAGAAGCAUGGACAAGGAGAACGAUGAUCAAUCUAAUUCCUUCUUUUAG